UUUUUGGAUAUAAAUAAAUAUAAUGUAUAAUUAUGUGGUUUGUUAACUAGAGAAAUUAUGUAUAAGAUAUAAGAUUAAGUCCCACUUUAGCGGCACUGUUUGCUGCCCCGUCAAUAUUUUCCCUCGGAAUUAUUUGUGCGAAGGAUUGAAAGGAUCACCGGAAGUUCUGAUGUUCACGAAAAACCGAGUAACUUGGAGUUAAUGGCUCUUCCAGGUGUGAAUAAGGACAACAUCCGUGCUGGCUGUAAGAGAUGUGGCUAUCCCGGUCACCUCACGUUCGAGUGUCGUAACUUUGUUCGUGUCGACCCGAGGAAGGACAUCGUGCUGGAUGUUAGCAGCACCAGCACUGAGGAGAGCGAGGAGGAAGAACAGCAGGAAGUCCGCAAGGAGAAGAUAUUUGGGGGCAGUCGCUCUAAAGAAUCCCGCAAAGAGAAACAUAAAAAGAGGAGUAAAGAACAUUCGCACCGAAAGGCAAAGAAAAGGACUCAUUCAUCCAGUGAUGAUGAUGCUGAUGAUGAAGAUGGGUUGAGAAAGAAGAAAAAGAAGAAAAGCCACAAGAAGAAAGGCAAAAAGGAAAAGCGAGAGAAAGAGAAACGGCGUACGAAGAAGCGUAAGAAGAAACAUACGGAGGUUUCAUCAUCGUCAUCCUCGUCCUCCAACAGCUCGAGUGACUCCUCAGAUACAGAUUGAAGCUCUUUCCCUCUUCCAGAUCUUCAGCUACUCUUCAUCCACCAAAACAAAGUGAAUACCCUGAGACGACUCUCCUCUAAUCCACAGUCCAUCAGGCUGAGUGCCAAAGUUAGUGUUCUCCAGUUUCUGAGACCUGAUCAUCUGAUGUUCUCAAACACAGAACAAUUUUCCACAGAUUUAACCCCAGAACUAUACAGGGGGCACAAACUUUUGCACUGAGCCGUCCAUGUGAAUAUGUUACAUUUCUUUUAAUUGUUCACUCUGUAUUUCCGUGUUGUUAGAUUUUGUACAGAAAUAAAAUGAGAAAAAUUCA